CCUCCCUAGACUCGUGAAGAACACUAUAUAAAGGGGCAGCUCCUCAUGUUUACCAACCAUCCACAAACCAACUUUUUAAAUCCCUCAUUUCCUUAAACCCCAUCUUUGAUCUCUCAGCACAGUGCAAAAGCUAGCAUGGAUCCUCGCCAAACCCAAUCGAUCACGACACCCGCCGAGGACGAGGAGCUCGUGGCUGCCUUCGAGACGUGCAUCAUCACGUCCGUCCCCAUGGUGUUGACAUCUGCCAUCGAGCUCGGGAUCAUCGACUUGCUAGCCCGGGAAGGCGGGGCCUCCGCCCGGCUCUCGCCAUCCCAGAUCGUGGCCUGCCUCGGGAUUUCCAACCCGGAGGCCCCACGCACCAUUGACCGCAUGCUGCGGCUCCUCGCGAGCUUCUCCUACUUGUCGUGCACCCUCGACGGUGAUCAGAGGCUGUACGGCAUCGGGCCAAAGGGCAAGUACUUUGUGAGCAGCGAAGCCGGUUCUUUCGCGCCCUUGCUGCGAUUCCUCCAACAUAAGACAGUCAUCGAUGGCUGGUAUGGGCUGCAAGAAGCAGUUAAAAAUGGAGGAAGCCCCUUCCAGAAUGCAAAUCAGAUGAGCAUCUUCGAUUGCGCUGUGAAGGACCCGGCGUUCAGCGCGCUCUUGAACAACGGGAUGAAAGGCCCGACCCCCCUAUUCAUGAACAAGAUCCUCGAGUCGUACCGCGGGUUCGAGGGCGCGAAGACGGUCGUCGACGUGGGCGGCGGCGUCGGCGAGAGCCUCCGGCUCAUAUUGAACAAGUUCCCAAAUCUCAGGGGCAUUAACUAUGAUCUGCCUCAUGUGGUCAAGGAUGCACCCACCCAUCCUCGUAUGGAACAUGUUGGAGGAGACUUGUCAAAGUUUAUUCCAAAGGCAGACAUCCUCUUCAUGAAGUGGCUUUUCCAUGGUCGACCCGACGAUUUCUGCAAGAAGCUACUCAAGAACUGUCAUGAUGCGUUGCCACCAAACGGCAAGGUGGUCAUCAUAGACCCGAUCCUUCCCGAUAAUCCUGAGACCGACAUCGUGUCAAGGAACACGUUCACCUCCGACAUGAUCAUGCUAGGCGCAAGCCCCGGAGGGGUCGACCGGACAAGGAAAGAGCUGGAGGUGCUUGCACUGUCAGCCGGAUUUGAUAAGCCGAGAGUCCCGUGCCGAGCUUACAACAUGUGGGUGGUGGAGCUUCACAAAAAGAAGUAAUAGCUCUCGAGUCGCUCUCGAGGCGCCGAUCAUAAUUGCUUAAUUUUUAGAUUUCUCAUGCGCAGAAAAAGAACAAAAAAGACGAGUGACCCAGAAAAUAAAAGCAAUCUUCUCGUGAAGAACAGUGUGGUACUAUCCUUGAAAUUCAAUAAAACAGAGUGAUCGUUCGUGUC